AGUUUCGCUGAUUUUUGAUGCGGGUUUUUUUUUUUUUUUCUUUUUUUAUUUAUUUCUUUUUCCCUAGCCAUCAGGUAGGGAUUUUACUGGAAGCCGUGGUCUGUCGGGAUGAGUUUUCUGCUGCCCAAACUGACCUGUAAGAGGGAAGUGGAUCAGGCAAUAAAAAGCGUGGCCGAGAAGGUUCUGGUUCUCCGGUUUGGAAGAGAUAAUGAUGCUGUUUGCCUGCAGCUCGAUGAUAUUCUCGCAAAGACAGCUCAUGACCUGAGUAAAAUGGCAGUCAUUUACCUGGUGGAUGUGAACAAGGUUCCAGUGUACACCCAGUAUUUUGACAUCAGUUACAUUCCAUCCACUGUAUUUUUCUUCAACGGGCAACACAUGAAGGUUGAUUAUGGGUCUCCAGAUCAUACCAAAUUUGUAGGAAGCUUCAAAACAAAGCAAGACUUUAUAGAUCUGAUUGAAGUGAUUUACCGUGGAGCAAUGCGUGGAAAACUCAUUGUGAGGAGUCCUAUUGAUCCCAAAAACAUUCCUAAAUACGACCUCCUCUACCAAGGAAUUUAAUGGCCUGGCCUGAGAUAAAGAGUGACGGAAAUGGCCGAUGUGACGUUCUAGAACCCUUUUUUCCCCUCAAGCACUGUGCGACAGUUGGAGCGUUUAUGUUGAAGGAUCAUAUUGGUCUCCUUCUGAAGACAGACAUUCUGUCACCUCAUACUUCUAUUGUAAAUAAAGCUACACGUUCACGCAAGUGACUGUUCUUUGUGUUGCAUGCUGACCAGCACCUACAAAGCAGGCGGGUUGUACGCAUCCUCACCGACGGCAUCUCCAGUGCAACUUUCUUAAGCGAACUAAAGCACCCUAUAGUCAUCUUAGUUGUCUAUUUACUACCAUUUCCAUUCAGAUGCAAUAACAGUAAACCUAUCUUUAUUUAAAAAGCUAUGCUUGCUCUCGAGAGCAUUCAACUGACCGUGCCCUUUCCAAUGGCAUUUUACACUUUUACCCGUUACUGGAUAACUGGGCGGAAGCUUUUUCAAAUGGUAUUAGAGAUGACUGAAAUCUGAAAUGGAGAUAAACACAAAAGGGAAGCUGACACGCUCUUUUCUCUGGUACCCCGUACUACUGUUCAACAACUUUUUUUGACUGAGAUGGGAACUGAAGGACAAGGUUUUGUCAUCCUUCAAAGCUCUUUUGCAGCCACCAAGCACUUUUUAAUUCCCACAAAAUCAAACGGGAAGUUCAGAGUAACUGUUUUGUUUACAUGUGCUUUAAAGAUU